AUGGAUUCGUACGAUACUUACGGAUCCCCUCCAAGGGGCCGCGAGGGAGGAGAUUCCUAUAUGUCUAGGGCUUCGAUGGAUUCGUACAGACGCAGAUCACCUGUAUCUCAGGACCGGCGGCGUGGACGCGGGCGCUCGCGCUCUCCUGUAAUGAUCGAUCGGUAUGAACCUUCGGAUCGCAGGGCUUCUCGGGACGAUUACUAUUCUGCUGCGCGCGAGCAUAGCGCGCGAGAACGUGAGGAUCGCCGCCGCCAACCUUCACCACUGGCUGCCAACAUCGACCGCUAUGUGCCUGGACAAGACACCGGCAAGCGAUCAAUUCCCGCCAACCCUCUGCCGAACCCCCUGAACCUAGACUUUCAAGUGGGCUUCAACUGGUUUGCCGAGUGGUGGCGGGCUGAACAAGCUAUAAAAGAGGAAAAGGAACGCGCAAAGCACGGGGGACGCCGGCCAUCUGACCGUGUCAAAGGAGAGCGCGAGGCGCGUGAAGAUCGUGACAGAGAACGGGCCCAGAUACAAGCAGCCUACGAUACCUACAAGGUGGAUCUCCAGAUCAAGAUGGCCCGGACUUUCGUUCAGCACCAUAAAAAUGAUGAAUGGUUCAAAGAGCGCUACAUUGCGGAAGUACGGGAUCCUCUCCGCCGCAAUCUCAUGGAGUUCCGAGUAGGCGCUUAUCAGCAGUGGGAACGUGAUAUUGAAGGAGGCCUCUUUGACGACUUUACUUUGGAAGGCAUCUACAAAAGCGAAAGUGACGGCGCUGGCGGCGUGAUUGAGAAGGAGGAAGGCGAGACCACGGCUGUUGGGGAGACCCUCGGCGUGUUGGACUUGCUUCCAGCAAGAGGCGGAGACCUGCGUGACGAGGCCUUGUCUCAACCAGCCUUGCUUAUCAAGACGCUGGCGCCAAACGUGAGCCGUCAAAAGAUCGAGGAGUUCUGCAAGGAGCAUCUGGGAGAACAGGACGGAGGCUUCAAGUGGCUUAGCUUGAGUGACCCCAACCCCUCAAAGAAGUACCAUAGGAUGGGAUGGAUCAUGCUCCACCCAGCGCCUGAUGUUGCGGUCGUUGAGAGAGGCGACGGACGCGAAGAAGAAGGCGAAAUGGAUGAGGAUACCGUUACCAAUGGUUCAGGGACUGCUACGGUUGCCGAAAAGGCUCUCGAGGCGACUAACGACAAGACAAUUCAUGAUCCGGUUCAUGGAGAUUUUGUCUGCCAUGUCGGCGUCCACGCACCCCCGUCCCAACUUCGAAAGAAGGCGCUUUGGGAUUUGUUCUCCUCACCUGACAGGAUUGAGCGUGACCUGGAGCUGGCAAGGAGACUAGUUUCCAAGCUUGAUUCUGAGAUGGGUCAAGGCGUUGAUGGCUAUACCAAGGUUGAAGACCGAGUUGAAGAGCUUCGCGGAAAGGGUUGGCUCCAGCCCCCCGUCACUGGACCUGUCAGUGUCAAAAGAAGGAGGUCCAACUUUGACGCAGACGAUAUGGACGAGGGCGAGACAGAGGAAGGAGAGGAGCAAGAAGAGUGGGCAGACGACGAUGCCGAUGAUGAGGAGCUCCUGGCGAAGAAGAAGAAACUGGAUUUGAUGGUGGAGUACCUCCGCCGAGUGUACAAUUUCUGCUUCUUCUGCGUUUUCGAGUCCGACUCGCUCCACGAGCUCACGCGUAAAUGCCCGGGUGGACAUCUUCGUCGUCCACGAACUGGCCUUACCACACAGGCGAAAGCCGUUGCUAGAGCCAGUGCCCUCGGGCAACCUUUCCCCGUCAAGAAGAAGGAUCCGAGCGAAGAAGGAGAGGAGCAGGCCCCACCGCCGAGCGAGAAAGAGAGGCGGUCCCAGAGAUACACGUCGAAAUCCGAGCAGCAGCUCCAGCGUGCGUUCAAUUGGGUCAAGACGUUUGAAGACAAGAUCCUACAGAUUCUCGAGCCUGAGAAUGUGGACAUUGUCAAGCUCGGCGGCAAGUCCGUUGACGAAGCUCUUGAAGAGGAAUUGGCCAAAUAUGUCAAGCAGGAGGAUGAGUCAAAGUUCCGAUGCAAGGUACCAGAAUGCACAAAGCUGUUCAAGGCAGAGCACUUUUGGCGUAAACAUAUCGAAAAGAGACACGCGGAUUGGUACGAACGUAUCAAGAAUGAUCUCGCCUUGGUGAACGCCUAUGUGCUUGACCCUGCUCGCAUUGCGCCUUCGCGCUCCGACGCCAACAGCAACGGUCACUUCCCUCUCAGCUCCGGCCAGAACCAGGCCGGCACUCCUCGUGGGUUCAGCCUAGCGGCGAUGCCUCCUUACCUCGCCAAUGGAUCAGUCCCACCUGGCUUCCAGCCAGGAGGUAUCCCCGGCUUUAUGCGACUCGAUAACCAGGCGUCAUGGGCUGCGAAUAGCAUGGCCGGCGGCGAACUGCACCAACCCGGUGUCAUGCGUCGUGGCGGAAACCGCUACAACAACAACCGCUCUGGGCCCUAUGAUCGCCGAGGAAAUCGGCACGGGCCCCAGGGUGCUGGCCGCUUGAGCCCUGGCCGCGGAAUGCUCAGCAUGGGAGGUGGUAGUCGUCUCAACGCUGCCGCAGCUUCCUACAUCCCCCCUGGCCAUCCCGCCGCCGCCUUUGCCGCACCGGGAGGUUUCCCUGACGCACUGGGCUCUGGUCCUUCUCAGCAAGCCAUGGGACCGCGCGAGGCUGUUCAGGGCCGUAGCCUGAAGAGCUACGAGGAUCUCGACGCCGUCGGUGGCGCCGGGAGCGGCGAGUUGAACUACUGA